CGGCACAGCGCAACGCCUGUCCUACAGAGCGCCCCUCAGCUGUGCUCUCUGCUAUCUCCACCAACAAUUCGUAGCGCUGUGGAUUGUGGGAGGGAGCUCCUCCUGUUUGGUUUACAGUAGAUCUGACAGCGAAGUCUGUGAAGACAGUGGACAUAUUGCCCCAUUCCGUCCUUGCCAGGUGCUGAGACCAACAGUGGGGGUGGCGACAUGUCGAGUCGGGGGGGCAAGAAGAAGACGACCAAGAUGUCGCGCUCCACCAGAGCGGGGGUCAUCUUCCCCGUGGGCCGCAUGAUGCGCUACGUCAGGAGGAGUCUCCCCAAGUACCGCAUCGGGGUCGGAGCACCUGUCUACCUGGCCGCCGUGCUGGAGUACCUCACAGCUGAGAUUCUGGAGCUGGCAGGAAAUGCAGCGCGGGACAACAAAAAGGGGCGUGUCACCCCACGUCACAUCCUGUUGGCCAUCGCCAACGACGAGGAGCUCAAUCAGCUUCUGAAAAGCGUUACCAUAGCAGCGGGCGGGGUGCUGCCCAACAUCCACCCGGAGCUCCUGGCCAAGAAGAGGGGGGCUAAGGGCAAGCUGGAGGCCGUGGCCCCGCCUCCGCCCGUCAAGAAAACCAAGAUGGCCGUCAAGAAGUCACCGUCCAAAAGCGUGGUCGGGAAAAAGGCCUCGCCCCGGGGAAAGAGGCAGGCUGGGGCGAAGGCAGCGAGUGCAGACAGCACCACAGACGGAACCCCAUCAGGAACAUUCACGGUCCUUUCCACUAAGAGCCUCUUCUUAGGACAGAAGUUGCAAGUUGUUCAGGCUGACAUUUCCACCAUCGACAGCGAGGCUGUCAUCCACCCUACCAAUGGCAGCCUCUACAUUGGCGGGGAAGUAGGAAGCGCUCUAGAACAGAAGGCUGGCAAGGAGCUGACUGAGGCGUGUAAUGAGCUCAGGAAGAAGAACGGCCCCCUGGAUGUGGCCGGAGCGGUGAUGACUGCAGGCUUUGGCCUGCCUGCCAAGUUUGUGAUCCACUGCUACAGCCCGUCGUGGGGCACAGACCGCUGUGAGGAGCUGUUGGAGAAGACGGUAAAGAACUGCCUGGCCCUCGCAGACGAGAAGAAGCUCAAGUCCAUAGCCUUCCCCUCCAUCGGCAGCGGCAGAAAUGGUUUCCCUAAGCAGACGGCGGCUCAGGUGAUCCUGAAGGCCAUCUCCAGCUACUUCGUCUCCACCAUGUCCUCCUCCAUCAAGAGCGUCUACUUCGUGCUCUUCGACAGCGAGAGCAUAGGAUUCUACGUCCAGGAAAUGGCCAAGCUCGAAGCCAACUGAGCUGAAACCCUUUUUUUGUUUGUUUGUUUUUUUAGUUCAUUUCUUUACAUUUUCUGGCGAAAAAAAUAUAUAAAUAUGGAGAAAAAUUAUAUAUACAUGUAUGUAUAUAAAUAUAACUAAUUUAAGUGACUUUUUUUGAAGUUUUGUUAAAGAACUGAGGUACCACAUGUAGGUUUGGUGUCAAACAUUCGUCAUUGCUCACAACAGGCCCUUAGAGAACAUUUAACUGCAAUUUUAUAUGGGACAGGCACCAGAAAUCGUCAUAUGGGCCAAUUUUUGUUCUGUCAUGGCAUCCCCAUGAAAUGUGUCGGGCAUGCAGUGUGUGUGUGUACGUGUACUCUUAAAUAGAACGAGAGGGCUAUUCCAAGAAGCUGUUUCAGUAGUAAACCAGGCUUAGUUAACCUUGAGGUAGUGGUAAAUCACCUAAUAGAAUAGCCUGAUAAACCAGCCUAAAUGUGAGACUGGAUACGUAAUUUAAACAGACUAUUUUUUUUUGGCGUCCAGCGGGUGGUGCUAAUAGAAGAGCUGGGAUCCUCAUUGAAGUUAAUGAAGCCUGCAGGAUGUGCACUAGCAGGUUUACCACCUCCUGUGGGUUAAUUAAGCCUGGUUUAUCACUUAACCCAUGUUGUUGGAAUUACCCCCAGACAAAGCUCUGGGUUUAAAGAUGUCUACUGUACCGUAUGUGAAUGUGGUGAUGGGUCAGUGCAAUGUUGUAAUGUACAAAACCCCUCUGAUUUUGCGUUUGCAAAGAAAAAAGGUCUUUUUUGUUAUUUUCCAUGUCAUGAGUUUCAUUAUCUUCAUCCCUCAUGUAGGGAGCAAUGGAAGUGUAUUUCGGCUCGGUCAGUAAAAACUCUUGGAUUGUGA